AGGUCCGUCCUGUUGCUAUGGUUACGGAGUUUGUUUCAGCUAGCUGAGGGUCAUUUAUGGUUCAAUAGCAGCUAGCAGCUAACGAGAGGUUUUUCUUUACUGAAGCUAAUUACGAAUAAGACCGACCUCUGAGUUUAUUACAGGUGUGACAGGUGAGUAAAGUUUAGCUAACUCAAUCCGAGUUUUAAAAAGUUAAGUUAGCCCAACAUUUGAGAGAUUUGCUGUGGAGGAAUGUUAAAUAUGUAAUUUAAGUUAAAUGCAUUGAUAUUCAGGGUAAGUUCCAUAUCUCCUGUUACACGUAUGUAACACAUUUGGUUACAUUAUAAAAUUAAAAUAACUAUGUAACCAUGUUUUUUAUUUUGUAUUAUUUGGACAAAUCAAACUUCCGGCUCUCUUUGAAUGUGACGUAGUUGCUCUUGGUUUUCUUCUCGGUCCACUGAUCGAUCGAUUGAUGCAGACUCUGAAUGACCUACACAGUAUCCUCACGCUGUGGUGUUGGUGCUUUUGCUAAAGUCGAGGAUCUGAACACAGAACUAACUCGCUGUGCUAAGGUGCCCGGCCCGGGGGGGGUGCGAUGCGGACCGUGACGUCAGAGGGCGGCCGGCAGCAGGCCGUGGUCGUCAGGAGGAGCGAAUCGGCGGACGCUCGGGGGAUCGACGGCCUCAUCGGCCCCUCAGCUGUGGCGGUGUUUGGGAGGGUCAACGUAAUCCACCUCCUAGAGAAAGCCAACCUGGCCGUGACUCUGGCCAAUGAAAGGGAGGACAUUGUGGCCCACGCUUCCUUCUUCGAUCACCCCGUCGGAGGCUUGGUGGACCAGGCUCACUGGGAACCGUUCCUGCAGAAACACUUCAGCGCCAAAACAUGCACACCUUGGAACACACUCUUCCUCCACAUCUUCUUGGCACAGCCAGAUUUUGCAGCUUCAUGUAUAAAGGAAAUAAUGAGGGCCGUCUUCAACGCCGUCACAGAGCUUCAGAACGUCUGCCUCGUCAGCCCCAACGUCGGCCGUUUAGAGGCGGCGCUAGAGGAGGUGUUUGAGCCGCUGCGGCGCCGGACGGACCCCGGGCCUCGCUGCUUAGCCUUCGUCUGCUGCAGAGAGGAGCACAGUCCACAGCUUCUCAUCCGCCCGGCCAGGGUUGAAGAUCACGAUGACAUCAUGCAUAUUAAUGCAGAGAGGGAGGACCCCCGGGCGCCCCUCCUGGUGGAGAUGCUGGAGGCCCAGGACGAGAAGAACCCCGCCCUGGUUUGUGAGAGCGACGGAUUCGCCGCCGGCCUCAUGAGGCUCUCCACUGCGGUCGAUGUGACUCGUCUGAACGCAGACUUUGAGUGCGAUGACUUCGGUGGUUUCUGCAGACGUGAGGACGCGGAGGAGACGCAGUCGGCUGGACGCUCCUCAGAGAAUCCCAACGCCGUCUGCAUUCAGGACUUCAUUAUUCACAAGAAUUAUGCCGCCAGAUCAGUGGACUUUAUUCCAUAUAUAUUCAACCUUUUCCCCGACCUGGACUUCUGCAUCGUCUCCGUUCCGAAGCCGUGCCCCAAACUCCCGCUGCUGCUGCAGAGCUUCCUCAGACGGACGUCUCGCGCCUCCAGCUGGCCCCCCCAGGACCUGUACGUGCUCCCCCGCGCCGGCCUCAGCGGCGUGGAGGUGAGGUCGGCUGUGGCUGCAGACCGCCCGGCCCUCUGUGAUCUGGUGAAGGGUCUGAGGCUCAGCGAGGCCCUGCUCCAGGACCUGGACUGCUUCUACGAGAGCCGCAGGGACCCGGGCGGCGUGGCGCUGCAGGCCUUCGUGGCCCAGCACGGCGGUCAGCUGGUGGGGACUCUGAUCCUCAGAGACGAACAGGACGCCGAGUACAUCUGCGCCCGCUACAACAUCGAGAACUUCAUCUACUUCAGCCACCACCGCCGCGAGGAGCUCGCUCUCAUGCGCCACCUGGUCCUCAAGAGCUGCUUCCAGCACCUGGGCAGACACCUGUUCAAGGAGGUGCUCCGGCUGGCUCACAGGUCCUGCCUGUUCCACAGAACGUACCCCUGCAUCCAGGGCCAGGAGCACACUCUGAAUUCCUGCGUCCACCCCCUGGACGUGGUGCUGGACGGCGCCGUCCCCGUCCGCCCCCGACGGCAGAUCCUGUACCCGCUGGAGCAGCUCGGCACCAACGGCCCCUCCAGGCGGAUCACUGAGGACCAGGCGCCGUUUGCCCUCAGCCUCAUCAGCAGGAAGUUGACCUUGGAGCCCAAGGUCGCCGUCAACGCCAGGAUCGUGGUGGUCGGGGCCUCGGACACCGGCCUGUCCUUCCUGGAGGUGCUUUGUCUCUGCCCUCACCUGAGGUUCCACAGCCUCACCCUCCUCUCAACGCACGGUUUCCCCGGCGACCACGAACACGACGACGUCGGCUUCCUGUCCACAAGUCACGCAUACAGCAGAAGAGACUUGGCCCAGCUCCCCCUGCGCUCCUGCGUCGCCACGGUGACCGGCAAGAUGGUGGGCAUCAACAGGAAGUCCAAACUCGUCCUGGUGUCGGACGGCGUGAAGCUGCCCUACGACCACCUGGUCCUGUGCACGGGCCUCCAGUACCAGGUCCCCGGACCUCCGGGUGUGGAUCUGCAGCCAAACUGCUCCAGGUACACCGGGCCCGUCCCCGCCAACCUGCUCACCCUCAACGACCUGCAGGACUGCGCGGCGGCUCGCCGCUGGCUGCUGUCCAACUUCGUGGAGCUGGAGGAUAACGCCGUCGUCUACGGGGACGGCAUCGACGUCUUCACCGCCACGGAGACCUUGCUCCGCCUCGGCGUCCGGGGGGGUCGCAUCCACCUGGUCCUCCCGCCUCCCGGGGGCGGCGCCGCCCCCCGCCUGGUGGACCCUGUGGUGGAGCGCGCCGUGGCCGCGGCCCUGCGGGAGGCCCAGGUCCAGGUCCACCGCCGCUGCCUGCUGACCCGGAUGGACGGCGGCGGGGACGAAGCUCCGCUCACGUCUGUGUCCUUCGCCUCGGAGGGGGGGCCCCUCCGCCUGCAGUGCGGCGUGUUCAUCCACCUGUCCAACAAAGGAGUCGACUACGACGCCUUCCGCAGCAUCAACAGCUGCUUCCUGCCCUUCGACGGCAGGCUCGUCAUCGACGCCACGUUCCGCACCUGCGACCCGUGCGUCUCCGGAGCCGGGCCUCUCACCAAGUUUUCCCGCCGCUACCACGCGGACGAGUGGUCGCACGGCAACUUCGACUCCAGGGAGGUGGGCCGGGACCUGGCGGCCACGUUGCUGCCCCGCUUCGACCCCACGCUGCAGCCCGAGGCGCCGCCCGAGAGGGGCCGCCUGCUGCCGCUGUACAAGCAGGCCAAGAUUCGAGGUGGGAGGCUUCCCGGAGGGUUGAACUACCUCCACGUGACCAAACCGUCCCCUUCCUACGCCGCGGGUCCCCCUGUUACACAUUUGCAGGACAGCGGCAUCGUGACGGGACGAGCGGAGACGGGGAACUACUUUUCCUUACGCCUGGACCGCUACGACCUGGUGGACGAGCUCACCUGCCUGUCCCUGGAGCCCCUCCCCUUCUCCAAUUACCUUUGUCUGUUCGGGAAACACCAGCAGCUGCUGGGCCAGCUGUCCAGCCGCUACCGCCAGGGCCUGAUCCACGACCUGUACAGUUUCUUCAGACAGAGCUGGUGUUUGGCCAUCUAUCACGACAGGUUCUCCGACUUUGAGCAGGAGCUUCAGCAGAUCAACGCAGAGGACGAGCGGCCCAGAGACGGCGCCGCUGUGCGGAGCAGCGCCGCCCGGUUCCUGAGCUACAACCGGAACCUGCUGCCCAUGUUCGCCCGGCCGGGCCUGCUGUGAUGUCACGCGUGAUGUCAUCACAUUGACGAGGCUCUCUCACCUUGUUCAAUGUGUUCAAAAAGCUUCUUUUUUCCUCUUUCCUCACCAAACCCAACUGAGAUGGAAUAAAUAUCCCUCAUAAAACGUAUGAAAACCA